CGUCGGCCGUCCGUCGCCGUCGGUCCCGUCGGUCCCGUCGGCGCAGCGCGUCACCGUGGAGCGCGGCCGGCGCCGGUGGCGAGUCGCGAGCUCGGCGUCGUCGCUGCCGCCUGGCUGAGCAGGUGCCAUGGCCCGCUGACCGGUCAGCAGGCAUGGCCUCCCGGGACUGUGCGCCGCCCCGGCCGCUGGCGCCGCUGGCGGGGGCGCUGGUCAUCUGCUGCCUCCUCGGCGCCGGACAGGCAUUGCCCCAGGGCACGUCGGCAGCGGAGACCCCGGCUCUCGGCUCGACCUGUGCAGUGGACCUGGACUGUGAUCCGAUCGCCGAGGCCGUGUGUCUGAACACCACCUGCCAAUGUCCGACCUCACACCCGAUCGCCAACGGAAACGAGUGCCUGCCAGUGUCUGGUCUGGACGGCUAUUGCACGGUGAAUGCCCAAUGCAAGCCGCACAUCAACAAGGCCCAGUGCUCAUCGGACAACAAAUGCGUCUGCAUUGCAAAACACAAAAUGCACAAAUACAACGACGGUACCCGGCUCUGCAUCCCAACUGCAGAACACAUUGCGGAGGCGAAGAAAACGCCCGUGGACCCGGUGAUGAUCGCGAUCCUGGUGUCUCUCGUCCUGAUGUUCCUCAUCAUCUGCAUCGUUCUGCAGCUGUUCAGCAAGGCGCGCUUUCGGCAGAACCGCACCAUCCUGAACUCUGCCAACCCGCGCCUCAUGAACAGCUCGUUUCUGAAGGGCUCCACCAAGCUGGGCUCGGCGGGCGGCCGUGGCCGACGCGCCUCACGCGGCUCCCUCAACACGGUGCCAGAGGGCGAGCAGGACAAAGCGGACGGCGCCGGCGCGGAGCGGACUGUCGGCUCCGGCUCCGGCUCCGGGCACGGCUCCGGCUCCGACCCAAUCCAUCCACAUGUUGAAGUCUCAUAGACAUCAGCACAUGCAGGUAACAAGCUGGGCUAGAUGACUGGACAGCGGAGCUUCUUCGAGUCACGCCAUUGACCGUCAAGGUCACUGACCUCUGACCUCACCCCGGGGCGGACGGAUCAGCAGCGCAAGAAGGGACCGGGGCCAGCGUGGUGCUCGGUGUCACGAAAACGUGACGGGUCGCGGAGAGAUGAGCGCGAGAAGGGUUGUUUUUAGACAUUUAUGAACGCGCGUCACUUGACGAGAUGAAAGUGAAAGAUCACGAGAGCAUUUUUGGCGGCCCUCUCGCUAGUCGAGACGAACUGGAGCCGCGGCCGAUUUCGGUGUUCCCUUCUGGCGGUGUUCGUGCCUCAGAGCCACUUGUCUGGCGAGGAGUUACGCGUGAGUCUUGCAAUGACCUGCACGGCCGGCCGCUGAACAGAAGGCUGUGGGAAUCCGCGCCAUCUGGGCAGCGGUGAAGGUGCUUCUGGGGGCCGAGUGACGGCCCUCGCCGGCUCGAACUGUCCACCAGUGGAACGGAGGGUUUCGGAGAGUGCGACAGUAACGAUGGACGAUGGAUCGCUGGUUGGAAGAGAUCCUCUAUAGCCGCGUCGGCGUCCCGUGCCUCGCGGCGCGAUUGUCAGUGAGGCCGGCACACUGAGACGGCUGUAGUGAGAGAGGAUCGGCCGCGGCGACGGCGGCCGACGACCGGCGGGGUGUCGGCGGGGCCUGGCGGACGUGGUCGCCGCCCCGCCCACACCCUCUCCAGCAUGGCCAGGAGCUACGGGGAAGAGCUCCCGGUCAUGCGUGCACCCAGGCCGGCUCGGGGCCGCCGCCGCCGCCCGCUGACCGGGUCUGUGCUAUGCUGAUGGCGCAGGACGCGCGUUGGCUCGGGAAAGCGUCUGGGCAUUGACAAGAGGUUAUUGUGAAUAUUCUGAUUUUACUGCGUGAGCAUUCGAUAGUUCUUCACGUCACCCAAUAUUGCCUGUUUCUGUAAACUUUUGCCGACAAAAUAAGAUGCCCGAUGGUGUCACAAA